CUAGAGAGAGAGAGAGAGAGAGAGAGAGAGAGAGAGAGAGAGAGGGAAAUUAGGGAGAGGCAUGGAUUUAGGGUUUUUGAUUGUAGCGUUGUUGAUGUGCGUAAAUGGAGUGAGGGGUUCGAUCCACGAAUACAGAAACGAAGGGUUUAUUCCACAGUCAAAUGACUCAAAUGCUUUCUUCUUCCAUGGUGGCAGUGAAGGCCUUUACGCUUCUAAGCUCCUCCACUCCUCCAUUUCCCAAGAUACUGGCAACAACAAUAACCCUACCCUUAAGGGCAAGUCCUUCAUCAGGUUUGAAACUGUUACUUUUGUGAGGACGGAAGAGUCUGCUAGUAAGCAGCCUGAGAUGCAACAGAACACGGGGUUGGUGGAAGCUAUCAUACUUGAGGUAAAAGACAGGAAAAGGAUUGGAGGUUCUUUCCUAAACUCCAAUUUGAUAUGCUGCAACCCGAGGCUUGCAGAUGCUGGAUCCUGCAAAUUAGGAGAGGUUAUUAUACAAAAAAAUAAGGAUAAUCCUGACUGGCCUAAACGCAUUAAAACCUUCUUUGCAGGAAAUAAUAGAGAAACUAAAGUAGAUACCCUAGAUGUUGAAAUAAAUAGUACUGGAAUGUACUACCUUUAUUUUAUGUUUUGUGAUCCGAAUCUUAAGGGCACAUUAAUCAAAGGAAGAACUGUGUGGAGGAACCCAGAUGGUUAUUUACCUGGGAAGAUGGCUCCUUUGAUGACAUUCUAUGGUUUCAUGUCUUUAGCUUACCUUGUACUUGGUCUACUCUGGUUUCUAAGGUUUGUUCAAUUCUGGAGGGAUAUUACACAAUUGCACUACCACAUUACAGCUGUAAUUGCUCUAGGAAUGUGUGAAAUGGCCGUCUGGUACUUUGAAUAUGUCAAUUUCAAUUCAACUGGACGUCGACCUAUGGGCAUUACUUUGUGGGCUGUAACUUUUAGCUCUGUAAAGAAGACUUUGUCUCGCCUUCUUCUUUUGGUUGUAUCAAUGGGCUAUGGUGUGGUGAAGCCAACUCUCGGUGGUUUAACCUCUAGAGUACUUCUUCUUGGUGCAGUAUAUUUUUUUGCAACGGAGGCACUUGAGCUAGUUGAACACUUGGGGAACAUUAAUGAUUUUUCUGGAAAGACAAAGUUAUUUUGGGUCCUACCUGUUGCUUUCCUGGAUUCCUGCUUUAUUCUGUGGAUUUUCUCAUCAUUAUCAAGAACUCUAGAAAAACUUCAGGUAAGGAGAAACACGGCUAAACUGGAACUCUAUCGCAAAUUUACUAAUUCUCUUGCAGCAUCUGUGCUGCUCUCUAUUGCUUGGAUUGGCUUUGAGCUAUACUUCAAUGCAACUGACCCUUUGAGUGAGCUGUGGCAAAUUGCCUGGAUCAUUCCAGCGUUCUGGAUUCUACUUGCGUACUUUCUCUUGGUGGUAAUAUGUAUCCUCUGGGCUCCUUCACGUAACCCAACUAGAUAUGCAUAUUUAGAGGAGACAGGAGAUGACUUUGAUGAGGAGGGUAUCUCAUUGACAAGUGGUGCAUUGGUGAGCGGGGAUGUGGCGGGUAAGCUGGAAAGGAAGGGCCUGAGUGCUGGGCUUGGAGAAGAUCUUGAGGAAGAUAAGCGAGAAUAGAUGUUUACCUGCCCCUGUACAAUGGAACUCUUCGUUUGCUAUCUAGGAAUCCCUGUAAAUCUCAAUAUUCAAUCUGUCCGUAGAAAGGGCUUGUAAAAAAGACCAAAAAAUUGCAAUACUGGUAAAAUCUAAUAGUCGAAACUGUAAGGGUCUGACCAACAUUAACUUGUGGAACGAAACAAAAAGAGAAUUUUAGUAAA